GUGCAAAAAUACGUUUGUGCAUAUACGUAGGCUGGGUAGAGCACUAUAUUUAUUAAAUUUUUACAGUAUUAUUUAACUAAAUAAAAUAUUUCAUAAUCCAAUUCACUUUAACGUAAAAAAGCUGAAUUUUGUAUUGCGGGAUAAAUUUGUACCUACAUAAAAUCUACUUGCAGACUACGGAAUUCAAAUAAAGAAUUAAUAUUAAUCUUGCAAAACCAGGAAUGUAUCCGAAUAACAACGCGUAUAACGGGAUCCCCCAACAGGGACAAAUGACCUACAACAAUGGUGUACCUCCGCCACAAGGGUCCAUCGGGUUUGAAAAUGUUGGAUAUCCUCAACAACCCCCGCCACCUUAUACGCCAUACCCGACAAGUCCGUCAUAUUACCCGGCAACGAACCCAUAUCCCUUUCCGACUGACAAUUAUACAAUGUACGGCGCUAACCCGCCGCACCAACAGUAUGGACCAACUCCAUACCAAGGACAACAACAAUUCGGGGCAUCGACGCCAACAAAUCCAUGCUACUGCAAAAAAGGAAAAUAUGAGGCUUGCCAAAAAAUGAAGUAUGGUGUUUGCCAAUCGAAACCGAAAUAUAACCAGUCCACCAGUUAUAGCGGGUACAAUCAAGCACCCGGGUAUCAGGGGGGAGCUACUCCCGCCGUUUCAGGUUACUAUGCUCCAGUAGACAAUGCGUACUUGGAUAAAAAGGCGAGAAAGAAGAAGAAAAUGAUGAAGUACGCCGCCCCCGUGGCCGCUGGCGUGGCAGGAGUUAUGAUUGGAAAAAUCCUAUUUUAAUCGGCUUUUUUCAAAUUUUUUUGAAUACAAAUUUAUUUACGUGAAAUGAAAUAUUUGAGAAACAAACUAAACAAUAUGUAAAACAUGUCAACAUAAAUAAUAUUGGGAGCAAGGAGGUCAAAAAAUUUGUGACUUAAUUUGAAAUAUUAGUUACUAAUUUUGAUUAAAUUUUUGCAACGAGAAUGGCAAAUUUACGUUGAUGUAUGCAAACUAAAUUUAAUAAAUUUAUUUAUUUUAAGUGAUACUAGAGAUAUUCUUACUCCGUCAAUUGCCAUCUGUAAUGUGUGAACAAAUAUGUAAAUGAAUAUAUGUAAAUAAAUAUGCACAAAUGCAUUUGUUUAAAUUA